AAAUGUCCGGCGGAGUGGGGCCCACAUGCAGCGACAUAAGCCUCCCAACGGAGCAAGAAAUCCUUCACAAAGAAUCAUGCGAUCCAAAGCAGCAGCAGCAGCAGCAGGAGGGAAUCAAAUCACCUGGCGGCGUUGGGCGGAAGAGGGCGGCGGCGGCGGCGGCGUUUCUGAGUUUCCAGCAACUGAACGCGCUUGCGGUGGUGGUGAUAUUCUCAGCCAGUGGGAUGGUGUGCGCUGAAGACUUGGCGUUUGUGGUAUUUUCUAUGAUGUAUAUGUACUUCAUUUCCAGAGUGGCGUUUCCGCCGCUGGCCGGCGCCGGAGAACCGACGGUGUUCAGCCAGGAGAAUAGGCUGCUCCGCUUGUAUGGAUUCUUCACCAUCGUUGUGGGAUUCUUCCUCCCUAUAGCCUACAUUCUGGAGGGCUUCUUUGAAGAAGAUAAAGAAGGCAUCAAAGCCGCUUCUCCCCAUGUCUUUCUUCUUGCUAGCCAGAGUUUCAUGGAAGGCGUGGCGGGGAACGACAGAUUCUCGAUGCCAAUCCGAGUGUUCGUGCCAGUAUUGUACAACGCGAGAAGGGUGUUCACACUGACGGAGUGGCUGCGGGACGAGUUCGCAAAGGAAGACAAGGAGUACAGUGGGUCUGUGCGGCGGCAGAUGAUCGGAAGAGGGCUUGCGGUGGUGAACAUGGCGGUUUGGAGCUUCAAUCUGUUUGGGAUCUUGUUGCCUUUGUAUGUGCCAAAGGCAUUGAAGAGAUAUUACUCGGUCAAAAAAUCCAAAGAUUGAGAGAGCUUUGUUUGGUUAAUUAUUCAAAAUAACUGUGGUUGAUCUGUUCUGGUUUUGUUUUCAGAUAGCAAUUAUGUUUGAAUAGUUUGGAGUUUUUGGAUUGUAAUGGAAGUUCUUAAUUAAUGUA